CGCUUCGGAGCGCACGCACUCAGUGAGCAGAGGCGAGAGUGAGCGCGCACAGAGCAUCCACACAGACCGCUGAGAGGAGCGAGUAACGAGCAGACUCUUCAUCCCCACCAUCAGCAGCACCACACUGAAGAACAGCGCCAUGCUCGCUGCCUGCUUGGAGUUCCUCGGCUUGGCGCUGUGCGUCACGGGCUCGCUGCUGGUGAUGGUCGCGUGCGGGCUGCCCAUGUGGAAGGUGACCGCGUUCAUCGACUCCAACAUCGUGGUGGCGCAGACCAUCUGGGACGGCCUGUGGAUGUCCUGCGUGGUGCAGAGCACUGGCCAGAUGCAGUGCAAAGUCCACGACUCGGUCCUGGCCCUGGCGCAGGACCUGCAGACGGCCCGCGCCCUCACGGUCAUCUCCGCCGUGCUGGGGGUCGUCGCCCUCACGGUGACGGUGGCCGGGGCGCAGUGCACCAACUGCAUCAAGGAUGAGACGGUGAAGGCGAGGGUGGUAAACGCCGGAGGGGUCAUCUACAUCAUCAGCGGGCUGUUCGUGCUGGUUCCGCUCUGCUGGAUGGCCAACAACAUCAUAGUGGACUUCCACAACCCGCAGGUGCCCCCGUCCAAGAAGAGGGAGAUCGGGGCUGCGAUCUACAUCGGCUGGGCCGCCACCGCGCUGCUGCUGCUCGGCGGGACCCUGCUGUGUUGCUCCUUCUCUCAGGGGGUGAGGGGCGCCUACCCAAUCAAAUACGCCCCCACCAAGACGAUCACGGCCAAAGGAGACUUCGACAAGAAGUUUUAUGUUUAAUGUAAGACUUUGGUCUCGGAGCAGAGCUGAACUUUCCGCUGCAGAGGUUUGACAUGAUGGUGAAAGAUGCUGUUGGUGCGCUGAAGUGGAGACACGAUGAGCACAUUCAGAGCAUCAAACUUUAAACAUGGACAACUGUCACCAACUGAAUGUCAUUUUUUUUAGCAUCUGUCAGGCAGCAGCAGUUUAUUUGUGCUCUAAAUGCGUUUAAAUCUGCUUGUUUUGCAUCACAAGUCCACUUCAAGUGAAGUUUUAGGAGUGUGUUAAGUAACAAAGUGGAUCAGAGGCUGGGAAGAGUUUCCAGUUUGGCUCAGCUGGCCUCUGAAACGCUGCAGAGCUUCAUUGUAAAGACUUUCCUUUCUCUCCCCGUGGACUCACUCUGUGUUCUGCUUCUGAGAUUCGUUCCCACAGUGAACAUGCAGCAGGCGGCGAAGCCUUCAGACCAAUGUGCACUCAUGUUGUGAUCAAAGGGAGGAAUUUGCAUUUGAAUGCAUGUACAGUGUUUUGUACUUCCUGUCAUUUUUUCUAGUCUUUCAACAGAAAAUCCUUUUUUUAAUAAAGAAAAAACACCAAUCUAA